AUGUCGCAGGGGACGGCGAAUCGAAUGAAGUUGUGUCAAAAUUGGAACAAGCAGCCGCGCGCACACAUUGACACAAUCGAGGUGACCCACAAAGUGUCCACCGUGCGGUAUGCAAAAUCGCACCAAGCCGUACACCUCGACGACAGACGUAGCUACAGUUUGAGCAACUGUGAGCAUUAUCAAACGGCACGUAGAAGCGCGCAUCGAACGCGGGCCUUAAAGAAAGCAGGCAAUUUACGUGCGUUUGAACAUGAGGGAAAGAAGAUGAUAAGUCGCUUUGAAGAGGCAUGUGCAGUGCACAUAGAUGAACCUGUGGUAUGGAUCUCCUAUUCUCGAAUGCUCGAGGAAAACUUAGGCGAUACAAAAGCAAGCCGACGAGCAUUGCAGCGUGGUGCAGCCGUAAGUGUGCACGACCACGAAAAAUCGGGAUUAUUUAUUCAACUGUUGGCACUACGAGAACUCAAGGCAGAUCGUCUGCAGAGAGCGUAUCGACUUGCAUUAAUUGCCGCUGAAAUGAACGAGGACUGUGUGCCAUUGCUACGCUGGAAAAUCUUCCGAGAUACUAAGGACGAACGCGCGGUGGCAUUGGCUUCUCGCGUACCGAAGAAAAUCCCGGCUCGCACAAAGUACGAUUCGCAAAAUGUUUCAGAGCUUUCGCCUCAAGAGACAACCAACGUGGCCCCAACAAAUUCUUGCAACGUGAGCAUCGAUACUGAAUGGAUCCUAGCAUACUGCUGCUCAAUACCUUUCCUAGUUUUACUAUUUGUUAUUCCUUAUCCAUGA